GAGGAAGUGAAGCUCAGUGACAGACGGCUGCUCUGUUCUCCAUUACAGCUGGACAACUACUCUGGUAUGUGAGGAAUUAGGGACAACAUGAAUUAAUACUUACAUUGGUUGUGUUAGUAAUCUUACAGAGAUUAGAGACAAUAUAGAGAUAUAGAGAAAAAAACCCUCAAUGAUUUGGUAGAGGCUAGAUUUCCAAACCUGUGAAAGUGAAAGUAAAGUUUACCAACAGAGGGAGAGGGAAGCAUGUGCAUUGUGUAACCGUAUCACUAGUCUGGGAAAUGGCUUCAAAGGUAGAAGAGGAGAUAUCUUGUCCUGUGUGCUAUAAGAUCUACCAAGAUCCUGUCAUCCUGACCUGCAGUCACAGCUUCUGUAAAGCAUGUGUGCUGCAGUUCUGGGACACCAAAGGAUCCAAAGAAUGCCCCGUCUGCAGGAGGAAAUCAUCAGCUGACUUUCCACGCCCAAAUCUGGCUUUAAGGAACCUGUGUGAGACUCUGUCUGACACUUUCUUACAAGAGAGAGAUCAGACACUUGUACUCUGCAAAGACCACAAGAGGAAACUGGAGCUCUUCUGUCAGGAUGAUCAGCAGCUUGUGUGUCUGGUGUGUCGAGACUCAAAACUACACAAACACCACAACUUCAGUCCUGCUGGAGAAGCUGCCUCUGAGCUCAAGGAGGAGCUUAAGGCCAAGCUGCAGCCACUACAGGAGAAGCUGAAGGAGUUUGAGAAAACUAAAGUUACUUGUGAUAAAACAGCUAAACACAUCAAGAUUCAAACCCAGAACACAGAGAAACAGAUCAAGGAGGAGUUUAAGAAGCUUCAUCAGUUUCUACGAGAUGAAGAGGCAGCCAGGAUAGCUGCACUGAGGGAGGAAGAGGAGCAGAAGAGUCAGAUGAUGAAGGAGAAGAUUGAGAAGAUGAGCAGAGAGAUCUCAUCUCUUUCAGACACAAUCAGAGACCUAGAAGAGAAGAUGGGAGCUGAUGACAUCACAUUCCUGCAGAACUACAAGAGCACAGUGGAAAGAGCCCAGUGCACACUGCAGGAUCCAGAGAGGGUUUCAGGAGCUCUGAUCAAUGUGGCAAAGCACCUGGGCAACCUGAAGUUCAGAGUCUGGGAGAAGAUGCAGGAGACUGUUCAGUACACUCCUGUGACUCUGGAUCCCAACACUGCACACCCACAACUCAUCUUGUCUGAGGAUCUGAUCAGUGUGAGACGUGUUGAUGAGAAGCAGCAGCUUCCUGAUAACCCAGAGAGAUUUGAUUACUAUGGCAAUGUCCUGGGCUCUGAGGGCUUUAACUCAGGGACUCACUGCUGGGAUGUGGAGGUUGGAGAGAUCACAGAGUGGGAUGUGGGUGUGAAGACAGCGUCGACCCAGAGGAAGGGACAAUAUGACUAUGUGAGUGGAGUGUGGCGUGUGUGUCGUAUAGAUGGUAAAUACUGGGCACGUGCUACUCCACAGUCUGACACUCUCCUCCCAGUGCAGCAGAAACUCCAGAGGAUCAGAGUGCAGCUGGACUGGGACAGAGGAGAGCUGGCAUUCUCUAACCCUGAUAAUAACAUACACCUACACACUCUCACACACACUUUCACUGAGAGAGUGUUUCCAUACUUUAACAUUCCCUGUAAUAUCGCUCCUCUAAGGAUCCUACCAGUGAAGGCCUCAAUAACAGUAAAGCAGCAUAGUUAGAGCCCAUUCUGCCUCUUAACCAGAAUCAUUUAAAGCUGAACUAUUGUGCUGGAUGAUUUAAUAAAUCAGUAACCACUACAUGUAUGUGAUCAUGUGACUUAAUAAAUCAGAAACCACUACCAUGUGA